GACCUCGAGAACGACGACAUCUCUAUCCUACGUCAGUAUUCCUACAAACUUCGCCACCACCUCACAGAUGCCGCCUAUCGUGAUCUGCCAUCAGCGACUCCUGAUGCGCACGUUCCUACGCUCGAAACCGCUCAAUCACGCAUUGCUUACCUCGCUGGUUUCAAACCCGAAGUCUUUGACUGUUGUCCGGAAGUCUGUAUGUGCUAUACCGGUCCCUACGCUCUUGAUAGAGAAUGCCGAGUAUGUCAUACCUCUCGUUACGGUGCAAAUGGACGUGCCCGAAAACAUUUCACGUACCUUCCUCUCAUCCCUCGCCUGAAGGCGAUGGUGGCAAGUAAAGCAGUCGCCUCAAAAAUGACUUAUCGUGCGCAGGGGCACAUGUCAAUCGAAGGCGAAAUCAGUGAUUUCAUGGACAGUAAGCGCUACAAACGCUUGUGCAGUGAGCGUGUCGUCAUUGACGACCGCACUCUACCGCACAAGUUCUUCCAAGACGGCCGUGAUGUUGCGUUCGGCUUGUCGACAGACGGAUUCGCUCCCUUUCGUCGGCGGAAAACAACUUGC